CUUCAACUAAAAGAAUUAAGCCAUGCUCCUAUAUGCAAUAACUGUUUUAAAGUAUCCCAAGAAAUUGUGACGUUUUUAAACGAUGACAUACUUAUACAGCAAUUGUACGAUUUGUCCAAGCAAUUCGUGGGUGCCGAUUUAGUAAUUUUAGAUUUAAGUGCAUUUCCCGUAUUUGGAAUUUUAAUGGCAAAAAAGGGAUGCAAGGUACACUGCUUAAUGUAUAACGACGCAGAUUUAGAAUUUCUGAACUAUGUUUGUCAAAAAAAUUUAAUUAUUGAUAAUGUAGACGUAUUGUCCGACGAUGCCUAUAACUCACUUUUAAGUAUGGCGAACAUUUACGAUAUUAUUUAUAUUGACGCUGUUGGUCCAAACGGAAUUCUCAAUGAUAAAAUUUUGGGAAAAUAUUCCGAAUUUAAAAGAUUACUGAAACAUAGCGGGACAAUUUUACCAAACGAGAUUGUUCUAAAUUUGCAAAUCGUUAAUUCUAAUUAUUUAGACAAAUGUUGGAAGGUAGACGACGCAAAUUCCUUUGGAUUUAAAAUAGCAGAACAAAUCAACGAAUAUGCGGUAGCAGAGCUUUGGGAGCUUGACUAUAAAAGUACUCCACAUGAAAUAUUAUCGGAAAGCAUUGCUUUAUGGAAUAUUAUUCAAGAUGAAAGUGAAAAAGAAAACACAAUUGAAAUCAUAGUUAAUAAAAAUGGCGUUGCACACGGAGUUUUAUACUGGUUUGAAAUUAAUUUAAACAAUUCGCAACCAUUCGACACAAGGAGAAGUACUUAUUACAAAAUAGCUAGUUUUUUAUUUACAUCACCAAAAUAUGUUACCCAGGACUGUAUUUUAAGAUUACAAACGAAACAACACAGAGGAUUAUUAAAAAUUGAUUGUGUAAAGUAAUAUAAUAAAAAUAAAAAUAAUAAGUAAAUAAUACAU